CUGGAAGAUCUCCGAUGACUAGAAAAAACCCAUAGCUAAUCCUACUUAAGCAUUCCCUACCAACUAUUGUUCAACAAUCAUACUGUCUAGUCUCACCACCUCAUUCCCCUGCCCCCAUCUCUUCCCAAUCUCGAUCCCCCAUCCCUCCUAGCUCUCUCAUCCCCCACCGAUGGUCUCAUCGCUCAAACCCCUCCCUCUCAAUCGACUCCCCCGCUCGGGACUGCGUCACCGCUGCUCACCAAUCACCUCCCCAAGACGAUCAGCUCAUCGGUGUCGGUGUGGCUGUCAACCAUCCGCCAAUCGUAACUGUACCUGUUUCUGCUGCGCGCAUUCUCCCUUUUCAACCACUGCCGCCCGCAAUUCAAUUCCUACCCAAGCUCCAGCUCGGGCUUCAACUUCAACUUGGAGAGUAACUGCGUCUACCUGGACCCGAACAUCACAAACCCAUUCUCCAGCACGCUUUCUAUCCAACUGCCUAUCUACACGGGCAUUCUCUACUGCAAAUCUACCAAGACUACGACCGAGUUUAAUACCAACCCCACCCCUCUAUUACUCCCAAGCUCGCCGCUUUGCAACCAUGGCCCGGGAAUACAAGCUCAAAGGCCUAGCCUCCCUUGCGGAUGUCGCGUCCUUUGACAAGAUCGAGUGUGAGGUCGAGGGCGUACCUGAUGGCAAGGUCCUUGUCGUGAAAUACGAUGGUCAGGUCCAUGCGCUCAGCCCGAAGUGUACACAUUACGGGGCGCCGCUGAAGCUUGGCGUUGUUGUACCGGAUGGCCGGAUUACAUGUCCCUGGCACGGUGCAUGCUUCAAUAUUAGCACUGGCGAUGUUGAGGAUGCACCUGCUCUGAAUGCACUCCAGAAAUUCGACGUUUUCGAGCGCGAUGGUGCCGUAUACAUCCGCGGCACGGAGGCAGAUAUCAAAUUUGGACAGCGGAACCCCGUGAUUAAAUGCUCUGCCUCCAGUGCCGAAGAGAAGGUCGUGGUUGUCGGCGGAGGAAGCGGCACAAUUGGUCUCGUCCAGGCCCUGCGCGAACUCAAAUACCCCGGCAGCAUCACAAUCAUCUCCAAAGAACCCGAAAUCGUCAUUGACCGUACCAAGCUUUCCAAAGCUUUGAUCGCCGACCCAGCCAAGAUCCUCUGGCGUCCCCGCGAGUGGUUCACCGAGGCUGGCAUCGACAUCGUCAAUGACGAAGUCACCUCCGUCGACUUUUCCGGUAAAUCCGUCAAAACGGCCUCCGGCUCGACGAUCUCCUACACAAACCUCGUCCUCGCAACGGGCGGCCAGCCACGUAGCCUGCCCCUCCCGGGAUUCCGCGCCAAUGAACUCUCGAACAUCUUCACUCUGCGCUAUGUAUCAGACGUCAAGGCCAUCCUAGCCGCAGCCAGUGGCUCGAAGAAAAACAUCGUCGUCAUCGGCUCCUCCUUCAUCGGCAUGGAAGUCGGCAACGCGCUAGCCAAAGAUCACUCCGUGACAAUCGUAGGCAUGGAAUCCGCGCCCAUGGAGCGAGUCCUCGGUACAGAAAUUGGCUCCGUGCUCCAAAAGAACCUCGAGAAGAACGGCGUCUCUUUCAAACUCUCCGCCGGCGUGGAAAAAGCCACUCCCUCCGAAUCAAACGAUUCCUCCGUCGGCGCCGUCCAUCUGAAAGACGGCACCGUUCUCCCAGCAGACCUCGUCGUCCUGGGUGUCGGCGUCCGCCCAGCAACCGAUUACCUCCGCGAUAACUCCGCAGUCACCCUCCAAAAGGACGGCUCCGUCGAAACAAACGUCCACUUCGCCGUCCCAGAUCUCGACGGUGUCUUUGCCAUCGGCGAUAUCGCAACGUACCCCUACAACGGACCGGGCGGCGAGGGUAAACCCGUUCGCAUCGAGCACUGGAACGUCGCGCAGAAUAUGGGUCGUGGAGUCGCUCGUGCCAUUGUACAUGCUAGACGCUCGCCGCUGGCCUCGUUGCCUGCUAGAUCGUUUAUCCCGAUUUUCUGGUCUGCCGUUGGUGCGCAGAUGCGGUACUGUGGAAACACGGUCCAUGGGUAUGACGAUGUUGUUAUUAAGGGACAGCUGGCGGAGGCCAAGUUUGUGGGGUAUUAUACCAAGGGGGAGACAGUCGUUGCUGUUGUCACUAUGGGGAUGGAUCCGGUUAUGGCUAAGGCGGCGGAGUUGAUGAGGAGGGGACAUAUGCCUGGGAAGAAGGCUAUUGUUGAUGGGGUUGAUUUAUUGAGUGUCGAUGUUUGAGAGAGGGGGAAUGGAUGCCACGGUUUAUAUUAGGGGAGAGGGUUAAAGUGAAUGAUCGAGCUAUAGUCAAGCAUACGAAACAGGACUCGGCUUUAAUACUUAACCCCCACGCCGGCCAUUUAGUAUAGCAGUAUGGUGAGUAACUACAUGCGAAUCCUGGCUAUUGUAAGUUUUUGUUUUAGAUCUGAAUCGAACGUCAGUCAUUUAGUACACUCUCUUCUCAAUC